AAUAGAUUAACAGACAGUUGUUCGUCUGCUCGGUCAAAAUGAAGUUUAUCUCUUUCCUGUUCAUCGUUCCCCUCGUAACCUUGGGGGUAUAUUCCCAAAGGACCAUAUUGAAUUGCCACAGGUGCUUCGGCAACAGCUACUGCAACGAUGCCGACCAUCCAGACUUUAGGGCCAACGUGGCCAACGCCACUUGCAACUUCACUAACACCCUUGGCCUAGACCCUUCUUUAGACCAUCCCCUAUGGUCCCACCUGCAGGAGGCGCUAAAUAAAGAAACCGCUUUGAUCGGUGAAGAGGCGUCCCCCCAUACCUUCGAGGGAAACUGCGUCACCGCCACUGUAUUCGAGCCCCACGACACCCACACUCUACGCUCGUGUAUCAUAAGGGAUGUUACGGCCGGGGCCAAUAGAACCUUAUGCGAACUACUCGCCAGCGCGGUUCAGACCCAAAACGUCCAUAAUGGUACUUUUUCGUGUAGGGAGUGUAAUCGUACCAAUUUCUGUAAUACGCACACGCUUAGGGUCGGAGAUGGGGUGGGGGGAGGCGCCGGCACAUGCGCAAUCUCCCUGCUACUUAUCGGUGUGAUGAGUGCCAUAAGGAUUUUUAGUGUUUAGCAGGACGGUUCUGCUUAAAAUAAUAAUUAAGGCAAUAAAUGCAUUUUAGAAACA